AUAUUUUUAGUAUUAUUUUUAUUUAUUCUGUUUUUAAAGAAAAAAAAUUUACCCUCUCGCAACCGCCCGCAACCGCAAACGCUAGCAGGAACCAGCUUUUGAUUUUAAGAGGUUCGGAGCGGUUUGAAGCGAUUUAUAGCGUUUUAUUGUGAUUGUUUCGAAACGCCAACAACCGCUAUAAACCGCAAAAGCUGCGUUUGCGGGUGGUAGCGGGAAAACCAGUCAACACCUAUGUUUGUUUCUUUACAAAACCGUUUAUUAAGAUAUAAAGUUACAUGUAGAGAGGGAAAAAGGUAUUAAGUUAGUUAUAUUUAGUGAAAGAAAACUAUGGAAAUUUUGGGUAGUGUAUUUUUCUCCUGUAAUAUCUAUAAUGAAAAGUUCAUUUCUCACUCAUAUAUUUGUGGAUAACUCGUGAAUAUAACUUUAGGUUUGUAAAGUUUGGGCAAAUAAUUUUAAGAAAAAAUAAUAAAGGCCCUAAGGGUUUUUCCUCACCUAAGCACGGCUCUGGUUGAGCACUUAGCGACACCAUAUGACUCGAGUCGAGGAUCCGUCAACUCUAUAAUUUUGGGCUUUGCUUACUUUCAAAGAAGCAUGAGCCUUGAGGCCCGAUGAGGGGGGUUCGUUGUAGACUUUUCUUUUCGGCUUAAAGUUCGUUGUAGACUUGUAGGCCCAUACAAUUGUAUAACUUGUAAAUUGUAAUGCACCACGUAUCUUUCGCUUUUAACACGUGAGGGGCACUCUAGGCACUAAUUUUGCCACGCACUUACUAGGUAUAGGAAGAUAAGAUUAUUUAGUUAUAACAACUGAAUGAUUUUAAUAUACAAAAUCGAGAGUUUGGCAAUGAUGUAGUAAAAAAAAUAGUGAAGAACUAUAAAAGAAACAUAAACCUUAUCCGAUCCGUUGUCUCGAACUACGCUCGUGUAGGAGUUGGCGUAAAGCUAAAAGCUGGGUUCCACGGAACUAGGGAGUUGGUGUAAUUACACGUUUCUGUAGUAAGCAGACACUCAUGUGAAGAAGCUACGGAAACUUGAGUGAUUCGCCUCUCUCAAAACACUAACGCUAUGAUUGCAAGCAUUUGUAAAGGUGGUUUGUGACUUUGGAGGUGGUUAAUUAGACUUAAACACGUUUGUUCAUUACAUAAAUAAGCAAAAUUUAUCCCUAACGUUUAAUUCAAAAAAAAAAAAAAUUUAUCCCUGACUACUAUAAUGAUAUCGACAUAUAAUUUACUCUUACGUGGAGAGAGACACCUUAGGAUAACCUAAUUUGAGUGCAGAGACUGUUUAUAUCCGAGUCUCUGACUACGAGAGUGUAUUGCUGCAUGCAACGCAGCUGCGUACAAAGCAUCUGCGCAAAAACCAUUAUACAACCUUUUUCACAGUCCACUGGUGCCCAUUGACUCGUUGUACAUAUGCUUUUUUGUCUCCAAGUACUUAUAUUUCUUUCUUCAUGUAUGGGGACUGUUUUUUUUUUUUGAACUUAGCUUGUAUGGGGACUGUUUUAGAUGUAAUAUAUUUUUGUGAAAUUAAUUAGCUAUAAAUACCUCGUCAAACCUUCCGAUUUACAUGUAUCUUUUGUCCCCUUCAAACGCAAUAAAAAUGAAAUAAUUAAUAUGACAAUUUAUUCGUAAAGUUUUUCUUCCCAUAGAAACCCAUUUCUCUAUCUUAACCCCUUUUAAAACUCACGUUUCCCAUCACUCCACUUUCUCCUCUCCUCUCUCCCUCUAAAAGAGCUCCGGCUAGACCUUCACCGUAACAACCCCACCGGCAAAAAAACCUUUGAGUUUCAUGGAAGAAGAACCUCAUGAAUUCUUACACACUGACCAUUUCGCCGUGGAUGAUCUAUUGGUCGAUUUCUCUAACGAUGAUGACGAGGAAAACGAUGUCAUUGCUGAUUCCGACGGGGCUAACACAACCACCGCCGUAGCCGACAGCUCUAGCUCCUCCUCCUUCUCAACCGCGGGUCUUCACAGUUUCCACGGUGACGUUCAAGACGGCACCAGCUUCUCCGGCGGCCUUUGCGUACCGAGUGAUGAGUUAGCUGAACUGGAGUGGUUGUCGAACUUCGUGGAGGACUCGUUCUCGACCGAACAUGUUCAAAAGCUCAACCUAAUAUCCGGUAACAGGACCCGACCCGACUCAAAAUCCGACAGCAGUCCGGUUUUCACCACUGACGUCUCUGUGCCGGCCAAAGCCAGGAGCAAACGCUCACGCGCCGCAGCAUGCCACUGGGCCUCACGUGCGCUUCCCGAGGAAGCCUUUUACGACAACCCGUUCACAGGACAAACCACUAUCUCCAGCCUCUACCUGUCUCCGCCGUCCUCGCCGACGCCGACGGCUCAACUCUGGAAAAAGCUAGCCGUGGACGCGUCCUGUCGGAAGAAAGACUCCUCGCCGGAGUCCGGCGGAGUUGAGCGACGGUGUGUCCACUGUGCCACCGACAGGACGCCCCAGUGGCGGACGGGUCCAAUGGGUCCGAAGACCCUGUGCAACGCCUGCGGCGUGAGGUACAAAUCGGGACGUCUGGUGCAGGAGUACCGGCCGGUGGCGAGUCCGACGUUCGUGCUGACAAAACAUUCCAAUUCUCAUCAGAGAGUUAUGGAGCUCCGGCGUCAGAACAUGACCAAGUCCCGCCAUGAGUUCAUACAUCACCGUUACGGUAAGGACACUGCCAUGAUUCUCGACGUCUCAUCGGACGGUGAUGAUUACUUGAUCCAGUGAUCCACCAUAACGGUGUCUGAAUGAUUCAAUCAAAUUUUGCUUUGUCUUAAUUAAGUUUUGGAAAUUGUUAGAAUAUUUUGUUGCUUUCUUUAUGACAUGAAUUGAAUUUUAUAGUUAAACAUACUUAUACUGUCAUUAAUUUAGUUUAUUUCGAUCUC